AUGGCGAGAUGCGUCUCUACAGCUGCUGGUCUCGAAAAUCAACAAAAUAAUGAUCAAGUAACACGCUUAAUUUUACUUGGUGUGACAGGUGGUGGUAAAAGCUCUUUAGGCAAUACACUACUGAAUUAUAAACAAUUCAUCUCUAAGGCAUCGUCGGCUUCUAUUACUGAAUAUUGUCAAGUUGGUUAUCGUAAUUUUAACAAUCGACAUCUUGUUAUUGUUGAUACCCCUGGAUUCUUUGACAACAAUGAUAUUGAUGAAAAAACAACAUGUAUUAAAAUUGGUCAGUCACUUCAAACUACAGUUCCAGGUCCACAUGCAUUUUUGAUUGUACUUCCAUUUACACGAGUAACAGAUGAAGUUGAAAAAGGAUGGACAUGGAUAACCACAAUAUUUGGUGAACGUGCAUUAAAUUAUUGUAUUAUUGUUUUUACUGGUUUAGAUAAUCUUGAAGCAGAUGAACAAACAGUUGAACAAUUUUUAAACAAUAGAAUACCAUCGUUAGCUAAACUGAUGGAAAAAUGUGGUGAACGAUACGUAGCUUUCAAUAAUCGUGCUUUAACCGAUGAGAAAAAUACUAAAAUUCAAGAAUUAUUAAAUUUAAUUGAUCUUGUUAUACGAAAUAAUGAUAACCAAGUGUUCACUAAUAAAGAAAUUGACGCGAUUAGUAAAGUUGUAGAAGAAGAAACAAAGAAGGGUUCAUUUAUACCAAAUCUUCCAGAUGGACGUAUUAUUUUGCUACCACAAACAGAAAAAAUUGUUGUCGAAGCCUACAUGCGCAAACCUGCUAUUCCAAAAUAA